AUAACUCUAAACCAAGAUUCUGCCAAUACAAGUUUAAUCCGUUUCGACAACAAUGAAUUCUUAUUCUUUAGGGUUUCUAUUAAUAUUAAUCAUUUUACCAAAGUAUGACGGUAAAAAUGUGAACCAACGUAUUAUAGGAGGUGAUGUGGCUUUUGCUGGUCAGUUUCCAUUUAUCGCCGCCAUUUAUAAAAGUACCAGCGAUGGGACAUUCUUCUGUGGAGGUGCUCUUAUGAACAAUCAGUGGAUAUUGACAUCUGGAUCUUGCGUGGAUGGAGCUAUUUUAUUCACAAUUUACUUGGGGGCACACGAUUUAACAGCCAACGAACCAACAGCAGAAAAACUAGCCGCUGAUACCUAUAUCUUGCAUCCAGAUUAUAAUCCAAACACUUUGGAAAACGAUAUCGGAUUAAUAAAAUUGCGCGCUCCAGUAACAUUUACAAUGUACAUUAAACCUGUCGACUUCCUCCCGAAUUAUGAAUUGGUACCAAACACUGCUGGUAUAAUGACCAUGGGUUGGGGACAACUAGAUGAUGAUACCCCUGGAAUAGUGGAUGAACUGCAUUAUGUCCAUUUAACACCAAUUUCAAAUGAGGAAUGUCAGCUUACUUUUGGAAAUCAAAUUUUGGAUACUAUGGUUUGCGCUGCUGGACGAUACAACGAAGGUUUUUGUAGGGGUGAUAGCGGUACUCCUUUGGUACGAUUUAGCAACGGUCCUCGUACUACUCACGUAGCGAUUGCCAGUUUUAUUAGUACAAAUGGAUGCGAAACACCUGAACCGUCUGGAUAUACAAGAACUUAUGAAUAUGUAGAUUGGAUAAGAAAUAAUGUACUUAUUCAGGUUCAGCAUCCCUUGGGCUCCCGCUAACUGCGGUCUUGUCUAAGGAUCAUGAAACGUUGAGAAAAUAUGAUAGUACCAAAUUACUCGAUGGCCUCCAUUACUGUACGUCCUUAGUUUACGCCCGAUAAAUAAAACAACUGGAAAGUGUUUAUGCUUAUACAUCGGAAGAAUGUCACGUAGAAAUUAGUUUAAUUUGAAUGAAUUCGUCGCCUCAAAACAUGGGUAGGGAAUUAGAAACAAAUAUGGGUACACGGUGAUGACUAAAAAUAUAAGUAUAACAAAUUAAUGAACUAUUGAGCAAUUAAACGUAGAUACAGCAAAAGAAUUAUCCCGUUCUAUAA